UAUGUGCCAGCUAAAAUGUCAAGGGUACUUUGAAGUGUUUCAGCACUGACUUGACCUCAUUAAAGGGUAGGUGCAGUAAAGAAGGCUCAGCUGAUAUAGACACUGCCCUCUGUUAUCCAGCGGAGCAGAUCAACAGCAAGAGUGGACUCUGACCUACCCACAAGCCCCAUGUGAGUCUCAUCAGCAUGUGCGUGUAAGAACUGGUCUGAGGCUGACCCCUCUAUAAGAUGACAACAAGCCGUUUUCAACGCCUCCAGGGACUGAAGGAACUUGUAUGACACACUGCAGAGGUGGAACCAUUUGAGGAGGCUUCUUCUUCUUCUUCUUCUUCUUCAGCUUUCUUCCCACUGAUCCGGCUGCACCAUGGCUCUGCUCAUCCACAUGCUGGCCUGUGCGUUCGGCCUGGGCUCUUGGGUGGCAGUGAACGGUCUGUGGGUGGAGCUGCCACUCAUCGUCAACACUCUCCCGGAGGGCUGGGAUCUGCCCUCGUACCUGACCGUCAUCAUCCAGCUGGCCAACCUGGGACCUCUGCUGGUCACCCUCAUGCACAAACUGUGCCCGGGUCGUCUUAAAGAGCACGUCGUCAUCUACUGCAUCCUCUCCAUCGGCGUCCUCUCCUGCAUCUUGCUCGCCUUCUUCUGGGACAAGACUACGAUAGUGGCGGGGGCAUCGCGUAGCACCGCCUUCUUCAUCAUCACCUUCUUCCUCUCUCUGGUGGACUGCACCUCCUCAGUUACAUUCCUGCCUUUCAUGAUGCAGCUUCCAGCCAAAUACAUCACCACAUACUUCAUUGGAGAGGGGCUGAGUGGAUUCAUUCCUGGCGUAGUCGCUCUGGCACAAAGUGUGGGCAUCGGCAAAUGCGUCAACUCGUCUCAGCCUGCAGGAAACCUCACGGAGGGGAGCUUGUGGUCAUCACACACAGAGUAUCUCCCUCCCAACUUUUCCACAGAGGUGUUCUUCAUCCUCCUAGCAGUCAUGAUGUGCAUAAGCCUGGCUGCUUUUGCUGCGCUGAACAGGCUUCCUCGGACAUUCGAGUUGUCUACCGAAAACCUCAUGCCAGACACCGUGGCAUCGGUCUGCUCCGGCCUGGAGAACCCCGGAGCAGAGACUGAUGGAGAGGGUGUGAAAGGCCGGGGUGAGGGGGCAGGCCAGAACAAGCCCCUGUUGGCUGACCCAAAACAAUCUGUGUACCAACUGACCUUCAUCUACUUUAUGGUGGUGUGGGUUAACUGUGCUACUAACGGCCUGCUGCCUUCAGUGCAGACGUACUCCUGUAAGCCCUACGGGAACCUGGCCUAUCACCUCUCUGCUGCUCUGGCAUCAGUGGCCAACCCAGUAGCUUGCACCAUUGCAAUGUUCUUCCAAAACAGGUCGCUGGUGUUUCUCGGCGUGCUGACGGCACUGGGGACAGGAUUUGGCAGCUAUAACAUGGCUAUGGCAGCUAUGAGUCCAUGUCCUUUGCUUCAAGGCACUCUGGCGGGAGAGAUGAUCAUUGUGCUCUCAUGGCUCUUCUUCACCGGGACACUGUCUUAUGUCAAAGUAAUGGUGGGUGUCAUCCUGAGAGACCGGAGCCACAGUGCCCUGGUCUGGUGCGGAGCUGCAGCACAGACAGGCUCGCUAAUUGGCUCCAUCACCAUGUUCCCUCUGAUUAAUGUGGUCCGGCUGUUUAAGUCAGGGGACUUCUGCAAUCUCAAAUGUCCUUUAUGACAGUAAAAUCUGAGAGUCACAGUACUGAGGAGGCUGGAGACAAACUCCGUUAAAGGAGUCGUUUGUGCUUAUUCAAUUUCUCUCUGAGGUUGAUGAAAACAUCAACACCACACUCUCGUAUCUGUGUGUAAAGUUCAGCACUAGAGGUGGGAGUCAAUUACCCUUAGCUUAGCAUGAGGACUGGAGGCAGGGGAAACCUCUAGCUUUGCUCUGUUAAAGGUAACAAAUCUACCUACAAGCACAUCUACAGGUCACCAAUCACCAGAUCAUUGACCUGUUGACCUUUUAUCAUUCAUGCACAAGCAAUACGUAAAAAUGUUUCGGUUGUGAAGUUGCGUUCUCUAACUAUUUCUUGAUGACCAACACAGUUGAAGUGUUGGUAAGUAGAUUUUUCUUCAACUUGACAGAGCCAGGCAAGUUUUUGCCCUGUUUUUAGUCUUAAUGCUAAGCUAACCAGCUGCUGGCUCUAGCCUCAUAUUUAGUAUAAAAACAUGAGAGUGGAAUCAAUCUUUUAUUCUAACUCUCGGCAGGAAGGCGAAUAAGCUUUACUUCUCAAAAUGUCAAACAACUCCAUUGAGGUUUUUCUGUAGGACUAAGAGUCUGUCCUCCCUCAGCCGUUUGUUAAAGAAGUGAUGUUUGAUGAUUUUUACACCAUGUUGCACUUAACUUUUUUUCAAUGUUUUCAAUGUCUUUUAAUAUAAAAAUGAUGGGAAAUACUAUUAACUUGUAUUAAUAUUAAAUUUAAGAAGUGACACACUUAGAAGCAGCUCUUUUGUUCAUUCUGAUUCAGGAAGUGCAUUGCACCAGUCAUGAAACUGUGCUCUUAUUUGUCCACUAGAUGGCGCUAGCACACUUCUAUGUUUUAACACCUGUCAAUCAACAUGCUGCAGGCACACAGUGACCACAAAUCUCUGCACAGGAAAUACAUUUAUACAAAUAAAGUUCAAAUUUAUGU